AUGCUGACUACUUUACCACAGAUUGUACUCCUCGAAAGCCCUUACACCAUGUUGUCGGCGACGGCUACGGCCUACGUCAUUCACCAUGUCGUACUUCCGCCGAAGCUACCGCAACAAGACGAUCGUAGCACCGCGCAUGAUUUGGUCCUGUUCGAGAUUGUCGUCCACGCCCUCAAAUCUCUGAAACCAUACGUCAACAAAGAGCAUGUCGAGACUGUCAUGGCUGCCAUCGCAACAGUCGAGAACCUCCAGAUCUGUCGCGAUGACCACGGCAACAACAGUCAAGGUCAACUACAAGAUCUUCUUGCCAAAGCUGCAAAUGGUGGCACUAUUGGUGCAGUACCGCUAGAGGUCAAAGCACAGAAUGCCGGAAUUCUGGUCAGCCGAUCUUCGACUAACUUGAACUUCGAGUUCUUUGAGCUUUCUCCCAAAAACGAGGCGGCUAUGUGUUCAGGACGGCUUGUGAGAGAGUUCCCAGGCUACGCAUCAAGGAUACCGACUGUAGAUGUCAACCCAGAUCUUAUUGAAUCGAUCUCUAGAACUAUAGCCACGAUGACGACUCAGACAGCUCCAGGCUUCCAACCUCAAAUUACCAAGAACAAGAAGAUCAUGAACGAACAACGUGAUACAACCCAUCCAGGCAUGGUCACAGACUUCCUCAUGAAUUUCAUCACCGCUCUUGGCGAGUCGACGAAGCUACAGCGCAUCACGAAGCAUACCCGUGAGGAGGUUCUCUGGAGUAACUGCCUAUCACCAUGGCGACGAUCUCCAGUGUGGCUCCUGCUACGUGUAUCGCUACAGCUGCUCUUCGCUCGCAAGGCACCUGGCAGGCUUAACGCGGAUGGCCUCUACAAAGCCUUUAUGAUUUUCAUGCUAGCGCGAGUACUUGAUCUGGCUAAGCAACACUGGGAAGACAUGGGCAGCGAGACUAUUCACAUCAUUUUGGCCAAGUUGACGCGGCGAUUGCGCAAGUUCGAGCAGCUCAAGCAGACAGAUUACCUACAGCCAGGCUGGGCGCCUCACAUUCAUGACAGGAUGAUCAAUGCCCACGUAUUCAUCAAGCAGCACUGGCAGACUCGGAUCGACAACUCGCGAGCAAAUAUCGACUCCAGCGCCAUUGCCAAGCUCAAACCUAAGGCUGAUAUUGAUCUGGACCUGUCAGGCUUAGACGCGUUCUUGUUAGGCAUCAAAGCUCGCCAGCGAGAGGUUUCCCUGUCUACGUUCAUACCCACCUCUGAGUAUCCAUCUUACCAAGCUGUUCAGCUGCCGAACAGCCUGGAGUCGUCCCAUCCACAUGAAGACACACUCCUCCGCUUGGCUGCCUUCGAGACCUGGGUUGAGUAUCAUCUUGCCGAUUGGAUCAGGUCUCAUCUUCACGACGAAGAUGCUUGCGGAAGACUGCGUACAAUCAUGACCAGGUACUAUAACAUCGCCAGUAGUACCUACGCUCGAGCACCUGUCGGCAUGUCCAUCAUGUAUCUUACACUCACUGAGCUUUGGAUUGCGUGCGAUAGGAUCGCCUGCACAAUCUAUCCCAUGUUGGUUGAGUACGACCCUGAGGUCGACCUGACGGAGUUUCAAUGCCUUGCGCUCCCUCUAAAGAGCCAUUUGAACCGUCUGAACGCUUCAGAGUGCUAUGUACAUUCACGGCGUCGCGCAGCAUUGCAGAAGCCCUCUGUCUAUCGACAGUUUGGACACUCGUCAUCGUUUGCUGUAAGGUAUUUCGACCAACAAGAGUCCCUCCAGGCCAUGUUGUCAAAGAUCGAAACCAAUGCAGCUGCCAAGCGCAAGCAGAAGUGUGAGGAGCUGGGGAGUCUCAAGCGUACGUAUCAACAGUAUAUGGAUCACUACAACAGCACUUCAUGCGAAACUGAGACGGUGGUCUACAACCAUAGGUUUGGCUACACGCAGGAGCGACACUCCAGAAACUGUAGGAGAUGUGCAGCAAAACACCGCGCAGACGAUCUCACCAUCCGAAUCUUUGAAUGGCCAGUCUCACCUCAGGUACCUGUAGCAAAAGCUACCGUAUUUGAGUUGAUGGUACCGGAAUCCUACAGCGACUGGCGCGAUGCCUCAGCACACUUCAUCACCACGGUUCUCGGCUACAAGGACGCGGUACAAUCACGACCAUCAUGCUCAUAUACUCUUGACAGGCACCACGAUCUGUCCCAUGUACUAUCCCCUCGAUAUUAUGAGCGACAAAUUGUUCCGCUCUCGCAAAUCAAGAGCCACACGGUCACCCAUCGGAAGCUAACGAAAGCCAUUCCUCACCUGAACGAUGACGAUGUUUGCCUAGAGAACGCCCUGGUAUACGCCUACUACGACACUUCGAACCGUAUUUUCAACACAAACAUGCCAAUCUGCACAGCGAAAGUCCCGAAGAACUGCAUGUACCCGAUGCCGGAUCGAUCAAAGGCUCUCGAACGCUUCAUGUAUCGACCGCCUACUUCGCCCGAUGGCCUGCCAGCCAAUGAAGUCAUUGCAAGCUUGUAUGAUUGUCCACUCCAUUUUUCGAUCGACGAAUACAAGGCCCUGGGCGCGCUACCGCUUGGGCAUAAUAUCAUCUAUUCAAACAUCCUCGCUCAGCUAGCGAUCCCGUCGGUUGAUUACACAAAAGUCGAGACGCAAUGUAUAGUCCUCCAGACUGUACAUCAGGCUGGCCCAUCAAAUCAUCGCAUCGAGCGUUUAGCCCAUUCUAUCCUUACAGAAUCGUCCUUUGGCCAUGCUCUGCUUGAGCAGCUUGAGAGCAACCUGGGUCGUAUCCGAGAGAACUGGGAAUCGUGGAGGGCUGCAGCAACAUUCUCUUUACUCGCUCGACGAGUAUUGAGCUUAACGUUAGCCUCAGACGUCCGUUCUCGCGCACUUGAUCACCUUGAGAGAUUGCGGAGCGUCUGUUUGAGGUGGCUUCAACGGUUGAAGCAGAGAGUGGCCGCCUCAACGGAUGAUGGUCAGCGUACAGAGCUUUACAGUCGCGCUACAGAAGUAGCGCUGUUGUGUACCUCGACCUACGACGUGGAGGAGACUGACUUCGAAACUGUUCUCCAGCAAGAUGCGGCUAUCUCAACAUUGCUUCAAUCGUCGAUCGUAGUACAGGAGCAUUGUGAGUCCAUGCAAUCAGACUUCUCUGAACUCUUCCGCAUCACACUACAGUCGUGGAAAUCGGUUAUGUAUCGCAUCCUUCCGACACUACGGAGAUGUGUCCUCACAAACGACAGUGGUCUUUCUGAUGCCAUUAAAGCCAACUGGGCCGCCUUUGAAUCGACUUCCAGUAACUCCUGGGUUUCACUCAACGGAAGCCACCAACAACACUGGAUGCUCACAACCUCUGGGUCCUUGCCAGUGCAUUUCAAUCUACUCACUGGGGAGCUGCUUGUCAAUGGCCUUCCACUCGCUCAUCUUCCGGCUGAAUACAUGCGCCACAAGAUGUAUGCGCCACUAUUCCGCAAGUCAGCCUUGGAAGUGGUACCAACGGACGAGGUUGGAUUUAUGUUCUCCGCCAAGGCUCUUUAUCACGGAUACAAGCUUCAUUUUGGCAUGAAAGGCGACGAUAUACUUUUGUCUGCCAUCCGAGAUAGCCAAAGACUCGAGUUGGUACCAUCACGUCUUUUCCAGAACCUGCUACCUCAGUCAUUGGUGACAGAUGCCGUACACUGGUAUGAUUCACAAGCUCAAGAGAUCGUAUUUCGACCCUUGUAUUCUCCAUGGUCAACCGAAGACGAUUCACGAUGGCGUCUUAUACGACGUGGAACAUCAUGGCGUUUGGUCAACAAUGAGAAAGCGAUGAUCAACGUUCGCAGUCAUACAUCUCGUAUUAUAUCGAGUAUGUUGGCACCACUCGAGAAACCGCUACACAUCCACAUAUGUGUUGUUGGCUCAGAUCACGCACCGCCCUCCUGUGUUCAGAUCGAGCUCUUGAGGCUACGGAUUUCCUUCGAAUUCAAUGAAACCGACCAUCGUGUACGCUCUAGCCAGUUUCGGGACAUGAUUAUCGACCCAGAUCAGACAAUGGGCGCCCUCGUAGGCAUGCAGAGCAGAUUGAUUUUGAGGUCUGUGGAAGGCCGGCGGAUGAUUCUUAUUCCGGAAGGAUCGUUCGAGUACGCGAAGACAUCCAUACAUCAUCCUAAAGUCAGCAUGUCAGAGGACUCUGCAGCUCGAAUUCGUGCUUACCAUAUCGACGAGACUCUUGGUCAGAUCAUCGGCGACGGAAGUCUUCGCAGUCGCUUGAUCCUUUGCUAUCUACAUGCGCUAACGUCUCACUGCCUACCCGAUCCUUUGACCGGAACUACCGGCACUGAAUCAGCAAUCUCAAUUCUCAAGUCGGCAGCGGUGGGAUCGAUUGACCUUCUUACCCAAGAAGAUGUUGGUAUACUGGAGGAUAUAGCCAGUCUCUCGGCUGUGAGAUCGUACUAUCCUUCACAUUUGAGAGUGAUGCAGAGUAUCGACUGGAACGCGAACCUUCCGUCACUGUCGCAGCAUGCCUCUUUCAGAUCCCUUGUUUCAAGCUUACUGCAUCAAGUUGCUAGAAUGCGGCUGUUCCAUCCAGAUAAGUCUGCAGUCUUCGACAUGAUCAGCCAGGCCCAGCAGAGAUUGAUGUCUUCCUCAAACACCCAUCUGGAUGAGCGGUCUACAAUUCGAACCGCCACGUAUCAGGUUGCCAGCUUCGGCGCUGAAGGAUUCACCUCUUCACAAGACUCACGUUACGACACGCGUGACAACCAAGGAACUUCCGAUAGAGGCAACCAGGUACAUGUGGCAGCCAACGUAAUCUUACAGGAUCGAUUCGCUCUCCACAGUCGUAUUACAGACCUUAAAGGCGAGCUUCUUCGAAAUCAUUUCGCCAAUGCCACUGUCUCGGGAGUGGAUAGCUCUUUCAAUCCUGGGGGCCUCCGGUACGAUUCAAAGUGGCUGGGAGCUGCAUCGGCGCUAGUCAAAGAGCAUUGGUGCACCCUACAGCGAGUUCUAGGCGGCAUGGCUGACAAAAGCAAUCGCUACGACGUGACAACAUGGCUGUGUACGAUGGCUUACGCCCAAACAUCGGACAUGGAUACCAUACAGGCUUUGGCUGCAGCUUAUAGGUUACGUGAGUUCUCGGCGGUACAGCCACCUGACGCACUAGAGUACGACCUGAACAAGGGACACAGUUUCAACAAGACAGCAAUUCGGAACACUGUGCUAAGCUACACUAAGGCGUUUACAGACUCUGAUGAGGCAAGGCUACCAAAGUGGGAUUCGGAAACUGAACAGCAGCAUCACAACAGGAUGCAAGGCGCAUUUCAACAGAAGCAAACUACCGCAGUCCAGGAAUUCGUGAACAACCUGGAUCACCAAUGGCCAGUUCAGAGUCCCACGGUACCGUCUGCAGCUGCUUGUGAAACCUACCUUAACGUUUCCGCUGCAAUGACGACUGUUCGGGAUCACUUUCAACAUUGGUUCAAUAACCGCCUGUUCAUGGAGUACCUCGGUCAACUAUCAGCAAUCAUUGCGCGACAGGCAGUGUCACAAGUGCUGGCGCCACGCUAUAUCCUCGCUCUGCCGCUAAAGAAGGACUGCCUCAGCGACACUACUCGUCACUCCAGCGCGCUGGAUAUCUUCGCUGCGAAUCUACUUCCAUCUACUGGACCUACAUCAAUAACACCUCCUUGCGAACCCAAAGUAACCACAGCGAGGAGUCAUAUAACUGAGAAGCACUACCAGAUGAGAGAGAGGCUUGAUGACUUCUGUCAAAAGAUUGGGGUAUACGCCAAGUCGAAGUGUGAGCAACAAUACGUUGAGAGUCUACAAUCAAGCUGCAAAGCCCUUGGGUUGCAUAUGAGCAGCAACGACACGCACGACGAGUUGCUUGCAGAUGCUCAAAUCCUGCUUCAAGGGUAUCUACGUAACUGCCAGGAUUAUCUCGAGACCUUCAACUCCGCAUUGAAAGGUCUUUUCCACCACGAAAUCGCUCAUCGGAUACAGCUUUCGCCACGUAUUUGUACAAAAUUCUGGUUAAGCCAACUGCACCGGGACCGUUUUGAGACACUGUCGACUCCAUGGAAGGAGACCGUCAUUCAGUAUGCGCUCGCCGUCACCAGCCUACAACGCGCUCAGAGGUUGGUCCGUUUGUCUAAUAAGCCGGUCGAUCUUCUUGACGAACUGCAUUUUUUGGGCCACACCAAUUGGGACGUGCACCAAUAUCCAGAGACCCUUCUCAUUGAGGCCGAGAGUGGCAUCCUCGUCAGAAAGGAGCAAGAGUAUAUUGCCAGCCAGAUGCGUUCACCAAAGGAUGGACAGAACAUCGUGUUGCAAUUGCUGAUGGGUGGCGGCAAGUCGACAACCAUCUUGCCCAUCCUCAGCGCUUUCUUUGGUGACAAGAAGAAACUUGUCCGGGUAGUUGUCGCAAAACCCCAGAGCAAACAGAUGCUGCAAAUGCUUAUAGCUAAGCUGGGUGGUCUAUUGAACCGAAGGAUUUACCAGAUGCCCUUCUCGCGCAACCUCCGACUAAGCGCCCAGGAUGCCCGCACCAUUCGCGAAAUUUACGAAGAGUGCAUCCGGGAGCGCGGCGUAUUGUUGAUCCAACCAGAGCACAUCCUGUCUUUCAAACUGAUGGCAGUCGAAUGUGUCCUCAUCAACCAGCCAGAAACCGCUCAAUCACUGCUGGCAACCCAGCAAUGGUUCGAUGACGUUUCGUGUGAUUGCAUCGACGAGAGUGAUGAGAACUUCUCGAUCAAAUUUGAGCUCAUUUAUACGAUGGGAUCUCAACAGUCGAUAGAGCACGCCCCUGAGCGGUGGUUGAUCAUUCAGAAUCUUCUAGCGCUUAUUCCGGUCGUGGCCAAACAGGUGAAGGAGGAACUUCCCCAAACUAUUGACAUACAAGGAGAUGGGGAUGGACGGUAUCCCAGGGUCAGGUUCCUACGACCUGACGCUGCUGAUCGAAUUCUGCGUCUGCUUGCGAUCCGGGUCGUUGAGUCGGGUAUAGGAAGUCCUUCUCGCUCGCAGUCUCCCACAAUGCAAGCAGCUAUCUUGCGCUACAUCUCCGUACUGGAGCUGGAAGCGAACGAGAUUGAGACAGUCGAACAGAGCAAGUUCUGGACUGAUACGACAAAGCCGUCACUUCUUCUCCUACGUGGUUUGUUCGCCGGUGGUGUGCUACGUUUCAUCUACAGUCAGAAGCGCUAUCGUGUGAACUUUGGUCUGGACAACUACCGCACCCCGAGCACUCGCCUUGCUGUUCCAUACCGCAGUAAGGAUGCACCUUCACCUAGAAGCGAGUUCUCUCAUCCGGACGUCGUCAUCAUCCUGACCCUUCUCGCCUUUUAUUAUAGCGGCCUGAGCGACGAUGCUCUCUUCGAUACGCUCAUACAUGUGCUGAAGUCCGAUCAAGCGAUCAUUCACUACGACGAGUUCGUCAGUACCGCGUCUUCACGUCUACCCAAGGCUUUUAGGCAACUCUCUGGAAUCAGCAUACGUGAUCGACAUCAGUGCAUCACGGAAGUAUUCCCAAGCUUGCGAUAUUCGAAGAAGGCCAUUGACUACUACCUCUCGUAUCUGGUGUUUCCGAAAGAAUUGAAGCAGUUCCCCUCCAAACUGAGCGCAAGUGGCUGGGAUUUGGCGAUAUCCAAGCCGUCCUCGACAACUGGUUUCUCCGGCACCAAUGAUACUCUGCACCUACUUCCACUCAACAUUCGACACCUGGAUCUGCCUAGCCAGCACCAUACGAACGCUCAAGUCUUAUCAUAUCUUCUGAUGGACGAGACUUCGGUGGCGGGCUUACCUGCUCGUACACAUGGUAGCGAUGGUAAGCAUCUUCUAACUUUCAUCGAGCAGUUGGAUUCAGAUAUCAGAGUUAUACUGGACUGUGGUGCCUCAAUUCUUGAAGAAAACAAUAGGGAGGUAGCUGAGGCAUGGCUGAAGCUGCGUGGAAACGACAUUCUGGCCGUUGUAUACUUCGAAGACGAGGAGCUUUCAGUCCUUGAUCGCACUGGCAAGAUUGAGUCUUUCCAGACUUCCCCAUACGCCAAGAUGCUAGAUUCCUGCGUCGUCUAUCUGGACGAGAGUCAUACAAGGGGAACGGAUAUACCCGGAUUGCCGCGACACUAUCGAGCCGCCCUUACGCUGGGCAGUCAACUGACCAAGGAUCGCCUCACACAAGCUGCUAUGCGCUUACGAAAGCUGGGAAACGGCCAGUCGGUGUGCUUUGUUAUUCCCGAGGAAAUUCGAACGAAGAUAUAUGAACAAAACGGCAAGCCAAUCGGUACUCCAAUCGAAACGUAUGAUGUAUUGGCAUGGGCCAUAGGCGAGACCUGGUCCGAUUUGAAGAGGAGCCUGCCGCUCUGGGCCGUUCAAGGCAACCGAUUCGAAAGCCACAAGCAUUUGCUGAUCGGCGGUGCUAACACGACUAGAGAUCAAGCGGAAGCUUUUCUGGAGGAUGAAGCUGCAAGUCUUGAGACUCGCUACAAGCCACGCACACCAGACCACGAAGGCUCUGCGCACCUCAGCAAUUGGGACAAGUCUAACAAGAAUAUCGUGAGUAUCGUAUCGCGGUGCCGUGACUUCGGGGCCAUGGGCUUUUCCUCUGCUGCGCUGAGUGAGGAACAAGAGCGUGAGCUUGCUCCUGAGAUCGAAGAGCAGCGCCAGGUUGAGCGCCCUCCACGCUUGAAAGCACAUGAACAUACUGUUCAUAAAGACCUCAAACACCUCUGCAACACUGGAGAAGUCGUAAUUGGUUCAAAAGCAUGGGGACCGGCGUUCCAAAAGCUCUACACAACGAGUGCCGGUAAGCUUAUCAACGUAAGCAGUUUCCCAGAUGACUUGCUGGUCACGGUAGACUUCAUGCACACCGUUCAAAUACCUCCUGGGACAACUCGAGCAUCCUUCAUCUCGGAUUCCUACCAGCGACCUGUCCAAUUCAUUGUUUCAGUGCCCAGCCAAGACAAUCCGGGAACCAUCAAGAACCUCAUCGUCAUCAGUCCUUAUGAGGCAAAUCAGUUGCUACCUUCACUUCGUCAGUCAAAGAAGGUCACUCUCCACCUCUUUGCGCCGCGGUCCAACGCCAGUUAUCCAUCGAUCGAUCAACUCAUGCUUCAUAAUGCCGGUCAUACGUUCUCGCCUGGCACCGUCUCGCGCAGCUUGACGUUGCAGUUGAACCUUUUCGCUGGAAGUCUCUAUCUUCGAUGCCUCGUUGAAUAUAGAGAGCUAUGUGAUCAUCUUGGUCUAUUGAAGGGAAAGGCAGAAGAUGGUCAGCAAGUCUAUGCAGAUGGCUUCAUCGACCCGCCAACCGGUAUCUGGGGACUUCAGCAGUCUCCUGUACCCUUCUUACGAGCUCUACUCAUGAAGAUUCGGCGUGAGGGUGAAGGUGUUGAGAAGACACACAUGGGCAAGCUCUUGAGUGGGAUCCGACUGGAGGAGAGCGACUUCGUGGAGGAAGAGUAG